AUGACUCUCUCAUCCCUUCUCCGCAUUACUCCCCGCUUAGCCCCAGCGGCCCGCAGAACACGAGCUGCAUCAACAGUGAAUACAUCAACAGUCAAGCCAUUAGACUCCAUACUUAUUGCCAAUCGAGGAGAAAUUGCUUUGCGCGUUGGACGCACAGCUGCGGAUCGCGGGAUCCGCGUGACAACACUCUACACUGACCCGGAUAGCCGAGCUCAACAUGCCUUGAGUUCGCCCUUUGCUUUCAACUUGGGCUCUGUGUCGGCAUACUUGGAUGGUGAUAGGAUUAUUGAGAUUGCAAAGAAAGAAGGGUGUCAGGCGAUACACCCUGGAUAUGGUUUCUUGAGUGAGAACUCCGCAUUUGCGCGAAAAUGUACGGAAGCAGGACUUGUCUUCAUUGGUCCACCAUACACAGCGAUUGAAGAUAUGGGUGAUAAGAGCCGGUCAAAGGAGAUCAUGACAGCUGCCGGUGUGCCAUGUGUCCCGGGAUACCAUGGAGCAAACCAGGACCCCGCAUUUCUGGAAGAGCAGGCGGAUAAAAUUGAAUACCCGGUGCUCAUUAAAGCCGUCAAGGGAGGUGGCGGUAAGGGUAUGCGCAUUGCGAGCUCCAAGUCCGAGUUCCAAGCGCAGCUUGAGUCGGCUAAGUCAGAGGCCAUGAGUUCGUUCGGCGAUGAUAAUGUGCUCGUGGAAAAGUACAUCACCACACCGCGACACAUUGAAGUCCAAGUAUUUGCAGACAAGCAUGGGAACUCCGUGGCUCUUGGAGAGCGAGACUGCAGUAUCCAACGACGACACCAAAAGGUUUUGGAGGAGUCUCCAGCGCCCCAUCUUCCCGAUGUAACCAGAAAGGAACUCUGGGACAAGGCUCGGGCGGCCGCAUUGGCUGUUGGCUAUGAAGGCGCUGGGACAGUCGAGUUCAUCUUUGACAAUGACUCCGGCAAGUUUUACUUCAUGGAAAUGAAUACCCGUCUACAGGUUGAACAUCCCGUGACCGAGAUGGUCACCGGCCAGGACCUUGUGCAUUGGCAGAUCCUGGUAGCCGAAGGAGCCAAGCUACCCCUUACGCAAGAGGAAGUGGAAGAGCGCAUUUCUCAGAGCGGCCACGGCAUCGAAGCUCGUAUCUACGCAGAGAACCCCGAGCAAGGAUUCAUCCCCGACUCGGGUCGUCUACUCCAUGUGCGCACACCGGCUACUUCAGACGACAUUCGCAUUGAUGCCGGAUUCGUGGAAGGAGACGAUGUCUCGGCACACUACGACCCCAUGAUUUCGAAGUUGAUUGUACGCGGUUCAAAUCGCGAGGAAGCCCUCCGGAAGCUGGCGGUUGCUCUGGAAGAAUACGAAGUUGCAGGCCCCGUGACAAACAUUGAGUUCUUGAAGACCAUCUGCAAGAGCCCAGACUUUAUUGCAGGCGAGCUUGAAACAGGCUACAUCGAGAAGCAUCGCACAGAACUGUUCGCGAAAAAGACCAUUAAAGAUGAAGUUCUGGCCCAGGUCGCAUUGGCAUGCCUACAGCGUGACACCAUCUCCGGAGCGCACACUGCAGGCGUCGCGGGGUCAACUAUCGGUUUCACACCCAGCUACCAAGAGCGACAGCUCACCUUUACCGAGUCCACAGGCCCAGGCUCAACGGAAGGAUCUACGUUCAGCGUGCGUGUGCAACAAACAGCCGACGAUACGUUCAAUGUAGAGGUCGGCGGACGGGUCUUUGAGCAAGUGGUCAGCAAGCUAGAUCCCAAUUCGCACAUUGUCACCUCGUUCUUCCCACACACCCGACUUGACACGACAGUGAUUCGAGAUGAAGACACCGUCAUCGCUUUCCAGCGCGGAACCCAGUACCGACUCACACUCCCUCGAGCCAAGUGGAUGGAGAAGGCACUUGGCCUGAAGGAUGUGACGAACAGUGUCCUGGCCCCGAUGCCGUGCAAGGUCCUGCGGGUGGAAGUUCAGGCAGGUGACGUCGUGGAAAAGGAUCAGCCUCUGGUGGUUAUCGAAAGUAUGAAGAUGGAGACUGUGAUUCGGAGCCCCCAGCGCGGGACUAUUGCGCGGGUUGUCCAUCGCCAAGGAGUAAGUCACGCGUCUUUCCCCCUGGCGAGAAUUCCAGACCCCGUGAUCCAGUUCUUUAUUGCAUGUUUGCUUCGUAUUGUUUUGUAUGGCUGUAUCGAGAUCGUCACUUUGCUCCUGACUCUGGAUUUCGCGAUUUCCAUCAUCCGAUUCAUGUUCAUGGCUAACGUACCUUGCAGGAUCAAUGUAAAAGCGGGACACCGCUGGUGGAAUUCGCAGAGACAGAAUAGUUAUGAGUCUACUCUAGAAAGGAAAAUAAACAUAAUCUCGAUGUCAUUGAUCUACAAAAAAAAAAAAAAAAAAGCCGGGGUUCCCCACUGCGGAUCUGUCACAAUUGACGUUUCUGUAUUGGGUACGGUACCUAGUACACCGUGGCGUCUGACACAACAAUGA